AUGUCGACGAGCGUCAUGGAAUCGUUUCUUCCACGGGAGGUGCUGUGCGCGGUGGUGGGCGCGGCCAUGGCGUGGUGCGCCGUGUGGGCGCUGGAGUGGGCGUGGUGGAGGCCCCGGCGGCUGGACCGGGCGCUGCGGUCGCAGGGCCUCCGCGGCACGGCGUACCGCCCCGUGGCCGGCGACUCGCCGCUGAUGCAGCGGCUGAACAGGGAGGCCAGGUCCCGGGCCAUGCCGCUGGGCUGCCACGACGUGGUGCCGCGGGCGAUGCCGCUCUUCCACCGGGCCAUGCAGGAGCACGGUAAGAUGUCAAUCACUUGGUUUGGACCAGUACCUAGAGUGACCAUUACCAAGCCUGAACUGGUGCGAGAAGUUUUGUCCAACAAGUUCGGCCACUUUGAGAAGCUCAAGUUUGGCCGGCUCCAGAGGAUGUUGCACAACGGCAUGGGUAGCCACGAGGGCGAGAAAUGGGCCAGGCACACGAGGAUCAUCAACCCUGCCUUCCAUCUGGAGAAGCUCAAGCGGAUGUUGCCGGCCUUCGCAGCAUGUUGCACGGAGCUGGUGCAGAGAUGGGAGGGUCUAGCCCUAGCCGCGGGCGACGCGCCGUGCGAGGUGGAUGUUUGGCCUGACAUGCAGAGCCUGACAGGGGAUGUCAUCUCUCGCGCCGCAUUUGGCAGCAGCUACCUGGAGGGCCGGAGGGUCUUCCAGCUUCAGGGGGAGCAGCUUGAGCUCGUCCUGCUCGCCAUGAGCAAGAUGCACAUCCCUGGUUAUUUCUUCUUGCCAACAAGAGCCAACCGAAGGAUGAAGCAGAUCGCCGCCGAGAUCGAGAGGGUCCUCAAGGGCAUCGUCGCCAAGAGAGAGAACGCCAUGAGAGCCGGCGAGGCUACGAGCGACGACCUUCUCGGGCUGCUGCUGGAGUCUAACAUGGCGGCGCACUGCAGGGAUGAUUCGAAGGGCGCCGGCAUGGGCAUCACGACCGACGACGUGAUCGGGGAGUGCAAGCUGUUCUACUUCGCCGGCGCGGAGACCACGUCGGUGCUGCUCACGUGGACGCUGAUCCUGCUCUGCAUGCACCCGGAGUGGCAGGACCGGGCCAGGGAGGAGGUCCUGCAAGCCUUCGGCGCCGCCGGCACGCCGGAUUACGACGGGCUGAGCCGCCUGAGGGUGGCGACCAUGGUGCUGCACGAGGUGCUGCGGCUGUACACGCCGGUGACGGCCAUCCACCGCGAGACGUACAAGCCCAUGGAGCUCGGCGGCGUGAGGUACCCGGCGGGCGUGGUGCUCAUGCUGCCGCUGCUCUGCGUCCACCACGACAAGGAGGUGUGGGGCGUCGACGCCGACGAGUUCAGGCCGGAGAGGUUCGCCGAGGGGAUCUCCAAGGCGUCCGUCGACGCGCCGGCGUUCUUCCCCUUUGGGUGGGGCCCGCGGGUGUGCAUCGGGCAGAACUUCGCGCUGCUCGAGGCCAAGAUGGGGCUCGCCGUCAUCCUGCGCCGCUUCUCCUUGCAGCUCUCGCCGUCGUACACGCACGCGCCGUUCCCCGCCGGCCUGCUGCAGCCGCAGCACGGCGCGCAACUCAGGCUCAAGACCCUAAUUCAUCAGUGUUAG